AAAGCCAAUUACGCUCACUCCAAAUCUGUAACACUGCGUACAAAGCGAAGCACUAGGAAACAUCUGUAUUAAAUUAAAUAGUAAAGAUUACGUAGCAGUAAAAAAAAAAGAAGCAUUACUAAGCGAUCCUUACGAGUUUGGGCAAACCAAAACAUUACAUUUGAAAUAAAGGAAGAAAACAAAAAAUAAGUCAGGUAUUAGAACACGUCAAUGAGAAUUAUCACGUGACGAUACAAACUUGUAUUGUAUUUACAUAAACGACGAGAUGCGAAAAGCAGAUACCACGGGAAAAAAUACAAAAUAUCCAAGAUUUUUUUUUUGUAGAAAAUAUGCAUUUAUGAAUUAUAGAAUUGUCAAAAAUUUUGGGAAUUUAGGGUAACGCUACGUAAGCUACAGGUGAGUCAAAAUCACAUGGUCGAACGAAGCACUUACGUUACCUGUUAAUUCCUCUAUAAAACUCCAGAAGUGUAGACGAACAAGCGAAUAUAUAAUUAUUUUAAUUCGUUCGAAAAUAAUAUUAAUGAAUAAAAUUAGCUGUAACUGAGGUUAUAGUUUAUAAACUGUGCAUCGAAUAACGAGAUAAGAGAGAGAGAAAGAGUCACGUGCGAAAUUUUCGAUGUUUUGCGUUUAGAAUAAGGUAAAUUUAGUAGUGCGAGACGUUUUAUUGAAAUGUAUAAACUAACAAUUUCUAUCUCGGCGUCUUUGUGUAUUAUAUUUUUUAUAAGUAAAGUUGCUUAUGGAGAAAAUUGCGAAAAGGUUAUUAACAACUGCGAAUGUGUUCUGAAAAAUAAUAGUGUGAUUGAUCUAACAUCCACAGCUAACAACAAUGGUACACCGAGGUAUAGUUUUAUAAAUAUAAAAGAUGCAAGUACUGAUAAUCAGACAGGUCCAACAGAAUAUUUUUUCUUUAAUCCUUGUUUUCCAUUUUCAUUGGAAAGUGUGUUUCCAUCUUCUGAUAAGUUUAAGAACUGUAAAAAUGAUUUUGCAUGCAUAUUUCAUCUAUCAAAUGAUGAAAAAUAUCAAGAAGAAGUUAUAUCUUCUAAUGUUAAACCAACUUUUACCUCUUUAGACCUUUCCUACAAAGAAAAGGAAAAAUCUUUAACAGUUUUUCUGCAUUGUGAUAAAACAGCAGAAAAAGCAAAAGUAGAGGAGGUACUAAAGAAUGGAAAUGAAUAUACAUUAAAUUUAACAACAAAAUGUGCUUGUGCAGGUGGUUGUCAUGCACCUGAACCUACACCUGAGCCAAAGUCUGGAUCUAAACUUUCAACUGGAAGUAUUUUGUUAAUAGUGCUUUUUACUUUUCUGGUAAUAUACAUAAUUGGUGGUAUAAUCUGGAAUGGAUAUUGUCUUGGAGCUUCUGGAAUAGAACUGUUACCAAAUUUAGAGUUUUGGAGAGAGUUUCCUGCUUUAGUUACUGAUGGUGCUAGAUUUACAGUACAGUGUUGUAUGAAUAGAACAACCACAUAUGACAGUGUAUAAUAAUGAAUGAUCAACAAUUUUUAAAUUGUUCUGCCUUGUAUUAUCGAUUUAAAUUGUUGUAUAAUAAAAUAUGAAAGUGUGUAUUUUGAUAAA